AUUCGAAUUUUCUCCCGCUUCGCGCCUCUUGUUCCACUAUCCAUCUCUCCGGGUCAGUCACCAUCGCAAACCUUGUCAUUUUCAUCUGUACUUAAAGCAGCUGCUGCACUGCCUCGAUUAUUUCCACCUGAUCAUCCUGAUUUCGCUUGGGUCGACUGGUCUGGACUGGUCUGCCGGAUGGUAUCAAGGGCCAGACACCUGUCCGUGACAGCUGCACCAAUUACUCGCCCUGCGAUCCUAGACGGCGGCCAAAUGCUCGAAGCCGAGAUGACUGAAGCUUCUAUCACUUCUAAAGUUGGCCAAGCAUAUCUCUCUUUGAGGUCCAGGGCAAAUGUUUGUAUUGCCGCGAAAAAUAUGUAUGUCUCCACUUAA